GGUAGACAUAGUAUUUCACAACCAGACGGUCUUCUAAGAUCUUUUCUAGUGUUAACCUACCUGUUCUCACCACCCAUCUCUUGAGAUUUCUUUAUAUUACUUUCAUGAUUGACUGUUUGGGCUUCCUAACUUUGUACACCUUUUUGAGGCCAGGGUCACUUAAUCUCAAUGUAGUUUUACCAUCCACCAUCAACAACAACUGUUGACUAUUAUUCGCAUGCAUUUUUUUUUAAAGUAACAAGUUUUUAAAAAUGCUCUGCCCUCCCCCUUCUUUUUAAAUAAUGCUAUUACGGUCUAGGUAGCUUGUUGAGAUUUUCCAUUAUUUGGCCCAACAGAAAAGCUUGGCUUUUCUGUUGAAAACAGACCUUCCAGCAGGAGCAGUCAAGGCCUUACAAUGCCACCUGAAAUUGGUUUGCUGUUGUACCUGAUAUAAGCAUCUUUGAAUCACUCAGACAGUAGAUGUGGCUGUCAUUUUUCACGACAGUGGGAAGUCUGUUGACUCCCAUCGCCUGCUAAGUAUCCAAGCACAGUCCUUUUUUCCCCCAACGUCCUGGCCAGCUUGGCGUGAGGGCCAGCCGCAGACCCCCGCGCCCCCCGGAUGCAACGAGCUGGGCGGUGGACGGGUCUGAGCAACCCCUUCGCCAAGGUGCUGGCUGCGCGGCCCGGCUCCGGGGAAAGGAGCGCCGGAGCUGAGAGCAGCGCCUCCUCCGGGGGAGGGGCGGGAGCUGAGCUGGGAAAGCUUUCCUAGGGAGUUGCCUUAAAGAAAGCAAGCGGGAUUGCAGAUCACUCCAGCUGCCUGCUUUUUAUACAAUUGUAACUAGUCGUCUCCACUCGCUUCCCUUCUGCAACAUUGCAAAUCACCACCAACCUCGCACCAAAAAGAAGGAAAAAAAAAAAAAAAAAGAGAGAGCAAAUCUCCUUCUCCCUUCUCACCCUCCCGUUCCUCUCACCCUCCCUUCCUCUCCAGCUCGCUCGCCCUCCCUCCUUUCCCUUGCGGCAGCCGCUCGUCUCUCGGACUGGGUCUCUCUCCGACGGGACUUAGCAACUUCUUGGUUAUUUCUCAGCCCCUUUUCCAUUUUCUCCACCCUUUGCCAUGAACUGGACCUACGGACGCUGGGGAGGCUGUGCUUUCUGCCCCAGGCAAUGGCGGUUCGCUUCCUGGGGCCGGGCCGGGGAGGACCGGCCGAGGAGAAAGAAAGAGUGAUAGAGAAAGAGCUGCAGGAAGGAAGAGAAGGGGGACCUCCAUCUGCCGCGGGCCCCGCGCGCAGCAGCGCCCGGGAUGGCCCCGAGCUCGCCCUGCGCCCCCGGCUCCAGCAGCGGCCGCGGACCCCGCGCGCAGGACGCCUCGGGCAAUCUUUAAAAUCCUGAAGUCCGAAGAGACCCCGGAGGACAGAAGUCGGGGGGUGGGGGUGGAGCGGAGAAUUUUGCAAAGCUUUCCCAAGAGAGAAAAAGAGGAAGUCUGAUCGUUUCUGCCUGUGCUAGCUUUUCACUUGAAGGCUCCUCUCUCUGGAGCAUCUAGCCUUCUCCAGGAGUUAUUCGAAAGCUGAAACUUUCAGUGCUCGCGGGCCUGGGAGAAGAAGGAGGGAUUCCGAGGGUGGGAUUGGGAGGAGAGCAAGCGAGCGUGCGUGCGUGUCUGUGUGUGUGUGUGUGUGGCGGGGUGGGGGCGUCGGGGGGACCUCGGGGACUCCGCGAAGAGGGCGCACCAUGGCCGUGCCGGGCGAGGCCGCCCGAGUCGGGGCCAAGCCCGGCCACGCAGAGGCGAGGCCGGCCACCGCCGCGGGCCCGGACUGCCACCGUCGCGCGGGCCCCUCAUCGCCCCGGGACCCGGGCUGCCGCGGCUGCUGGGGCGCCCUGGUGCUGCGGCCGCUCCGGCGCUCGCAGAAACUUUCCUCGGCGCUGUGCGCGGGCUCCCUGUCCCUUCUGCUGGCGUUGCUGGUGAGGCUGGUCCGCGGGGAGAUUGGCUGUGACCUGGAGCGGAGUGAGGAGGCGGCGGCGGCGGCGGAGGAGGAGGAGGAGGAAGCGGCCCCGGGAGCAGAAGGGGGCGUCUUCCCGGGGCCUCGGGGAGGUGCUCCCGGGGGCGGCGCGCCGCUCGGCCCCUGGCUGCAGCCCUCGGCGCUGCUCUUCAGUCUCCUGUGUGCCUUCUUCUGGAUGGGCUUGUACCUCCAGCGCGCCGGGGUGCGCCUGCCUCUGGCCGUCGCGCUGCUGGCCGCCUGCUGCGGGGGGGAAGCGCUCGUCCAGAUUGGGCUGGGCGUCGGGGAGGAUCACUUACUCUCGCUCCCCGCCGCGGGGGUGGUGCUCAGCUGCUUGGCCGCCGCGACAUGGCUGGUACUGAGGCUGAGGCUGGGCGUCCUCAUGAUCGCCUUGACUAGCGCGGUCAGGACCGUGGCCCUCAUUUCCCUAGAGAGGUUCAAGGUCGCCUGGAGACCUUACCUGGCGUACUUGGCCGGAGUGCUGGGGAUCCUCCUGGCCAGGUACGUGGAGCAACUCUUGCCACAGUCCACGGGGGCGGCUCCGAGGGAGCAUUUCGGGUCCCAGCUGAUUGCUGGGACCAAGGAAGAGAUCCCGGUGUUUAAGAGGAGGAGGCGGUCCAGCUCCGUGGUGUCCGCCGAGAUGUCGGGCUGCAGCAGCAAGUCCCAUCGGAGGACCUCCCUGCCCUGCAUCCCGAGGGAACAGCUCAUGGGGCAUUCAGAAUGGGACCACAAACGAGGGCCAAGAGGAUCGCAGUCUCCAGGAACCAGUAUCACUGUGGACAUUGCCGUGAUGGGCGAGGCUCACGGCCUCAUCACCGACCUCCUGGCAGACCCUUCUCUGCCCCCCAACGUGUGCACGUCCCUGAGGGCAGUGAGCAACCUUCUCAGCACGCAGCUCACCAUCCAGGCCAUUCACAAGCCCAGAGUGAACCCCAUCGUUUCCUUCAGUGAAAACUAUACCUGCUCUGAUUCUGAGGAAAGCUCUGAAAAAGACAAGCUGGCUAUUCCCAAGCGCCUGAGGAGGAGUUUGCCCCCUGGUUUGCUGAGACGAGUUUCAUCAACUUGGACAACCACCACAUCAGCCACGGGUCUGCCCACUUUGGAGCCUGCCCCAGUACGGAGGGACCGUAGCGCCAGCAUCAAACUGCAUGAAGCACCUUCAUCCAGUGCUAUUAAUCCAGAUUCUUGGAAAAACUCAGUGAUGAUGACUCUCACCAAAAGCAGAUCCUUCACUUCAUCCUACGCUGUUGCUGCCUCUAACCACGUAAAGGCUAAAAAGCAAAAUCGACCAGGUUCCCUAGUGAAAAUUUCACCUCUUUCCUCACCCUCUUCCUCACCUCUCCAUGGGACCCCUGCCAGCAGCCCAGUCAGCAAAAUUUCUGCAGUGCAGUUUCCAGAAUCUGCCGAUGCAACUGCCAAACAAGGCCUAAGUUCUCACAGGGUCGUAACUUACACUCAGAGUGCCCCUGACCUUUCUCCUCAGAUCCUGACUCCACCUGUUAUAUGUAGCAGCUGUGGCAGACCAUAUUCCCAAGGGACUCCUGCUGAUGGGCCCCUGGAGAGAAGUGGGGCAGCCAUUCGGACACCCAGCAGAACCGAUGACACCACUCAAGUUACCUCUGAUUAUGAAACCAAUAACAACAGUGAUAGUAGUGAUAUUGUACAGAACGAAGAUGAGACUGAGUGCCCCAGCGAGCCUCUAAGGAAGACAUCAGCUUGCAGCACCUACACUCCCGAGGCCAUGAUAUUCCUGGACAAACCAAUUCUUGCUCCUGAACCUCUUGUCAUGGAUAACUUGGACUCAAUUAUGGAGCAGCUAAAUACUUGGAAUUUUCCAAUUUUUGAUUUGGUGGAGAAAAUAGGAAGAAAAAGUGGCCGUAUUCUUAGUCAGGUAUCAUACAGACUUUUUGAAGACAUGGGCCUCUUUGAAGCUUUUAAAAUUCCAGUUAGGGAAUUUAUGAAUUAUUUUCAUGCUUUGGAGAUUGGCUACAGGGAAAUUCCUUACCAUAACAGAAUCCAUGCCACCGAUGUCUUACACGCUGUUUGGUAUCUUACGACACAACCUAUUCCCGGCCUCUCAACUGUGAUUAAUGAUCACGGAUCAGCAAGCGAUUCAGAUUCUGACAGUGGGUUUACACAUGGACAUAUGGGAUAUGUAUUCUCAAAAAUGUGUAGUGUGCCAGAUGAUAAAUACGGAUGUUUGUCUGGCAAUAUCCCUGCCUUGGAGUUGAUGGCCUUGUAUGUGGCUGCAGCCAUGCAUGAUUUUGAUCACCCGGGAAGGACAAAUGCUUUCCUGGUUGCAACUAGUGCCCCUCAGGCGGUGCUCUAUAAUGAUCGUUCAGUUUUGGAGAAUCAUCAUGCAGCUGCUGCGUGGAAUCUUUUCAUGUCCCGGCCGGAAUAUAACUUCUUAGUUAACCUUGACCAUGUGGAAUUUAAGCAUUUCCGUUUCCUUGUCAUUGAAGCAAUUUUGGCCACUGACCUGAAGAAACACUUUGACUUCGUAGCCAAAUUUAAUGCCAAGGUGAAUGAUGAAGCUGGAAUAGAUUGGACCAAUGAAAAUGAUCGUCUACUGGUUUGUCAAAUGUGUAUAAAGUUGGCUGAUAUCAAUGGGCCAGCUAAGUUUAAAGAGCUCCAUCUUCAGUGGACAGAGGGUAUUGUCAAUGAAUUUUAUGAACAGGGUGAUGAAGAGGCCAGCCUCGGGUUACCAAUAAGCCCUUUCAUGGACCGUUCUGCUCCUCAGUUGGCCAACCUUCAGGAAUCCUUCAUCUCGCACAUCGUGGGUCCUCUCUGCAACUCCUAUGAUUCAGCAGGACUGAUGCCAGGGAAAUGGGUGGAAGACAGUGAUGAGUCAGGAGACACCGAUGACCCAGAGGAGGAGGAGGAAGCACCAAACGAAGAGGAAACCUGUAAAAAUAGUGAAUCUCCAAGAAAGAAAACUUUCAAAAGGAGAAAAGUCUACUGCCAAAUAACUCAGCACCUUCUGCAGAACCACAAGAUGUGGAAGAACGUCAUUGAGGAGGAACAGCGGUUGGUGGGCACAGGGGAUCAGUCCCUGGACCAGUCCCCCCAGCAGCGUCCCUCAGAACAGAUCCAGGCCAUCAAGGAAGAAGAUGAAGAAAAGGGGAAGCCGAGAGGAGAGGAGACCCCAACCCCAAAGCCAAACCAGUGACAAUGGAUAGAAUGAGCUAUGUUUCCAAACAGAGUGACUUGUCACAGACUCUUUUCAAGCCAGCACAACACUUAGACACAACACUGUAGAAAUAUGAGAAGAUGGGCAAACGGCUAUGGCAUUUUGGGAUUCUUUGCAUUUUAUGUGUUUAUUUUUACAGUGAGGUACAUGGUUUAAAAAACUCUCACUCAGAGAAGCUUUCACAGUAUAACAACAACACCAGCUUCUAAGGAUUUUCUUAAAGGAAGAAGUAUAUAUGUGUGUGUGUAUAUAAGCUCUCACAUAGAUCCAUGUAAAACAUAUUCACAGACACACACGCAGACACACCGAAAAGCCAGGAUUCCUGGCUCCACGAUUUAGUAACAUUCAUGUUAAGAUAUAUAGUGGUCACUGUGAUAUAAUAAAUCAUAAAGGAAAAACUAAAGGAAAACAAAUCCCAAAGGAGAUGGUGCAGCUUUAGCCGGGAAGCAGUGUAGCAAAUGUAGGUUACGACUAAGAAGCUUUUGCUCUUAGUACUGAGGGAUGAAAGUUCCAGAGCAUUGUUUGAAUUCUUAUACAUCCUGCCAACAUUGUGUGUGUGUGUGUGUGUGUGUGUGUGUGUGUGUUUGUGUAUGAGAGACAGAGAGAGAGAUGGAAAGGAUGCUCAUGUGUAUGUACAUUUGUGUGUAUGUAAAGAGAGACUUUUGUGGUUUUAGUUGGUCAUAGCAUUGCUGCAGCAGACGACUCAGCACAUGUGAACAAACAGGAUGAAGUUCGCUCUGGAGAGUCUUUAAGAGGCAGCCAUCCCAAACGCCUGCCUCUACUUGGCUUCAGUAAAAGUCCCUCUGCAGAAGGAGGGGAUUGGCAGGCUGGGGGACAGGGCCACGGGCCUGUGCAUCCCUUCAAGGCUCUCUGUCACCAGCCUUAAACCGGGAAGACUGAGGCAUUUUCCAGUCUAGUCGCUGAAUGAAUGUAUAGGAGCUGUUUGUCUGUAUGUCUGUCUGUCACUCACCUAAAAUCAAAUCACCAUGGAAGGGGAUGGCAUUCUUUAAACAGAAACACCUCAGAAGGAGCUGAAGUCAGGUCUUUUCAUCAGGUUACAGUUCUAAAAGGUUGCCAGAGAAGGCCUGGGAAAUGGCUUUUAACGGGGAUCGCCCAUGUCUUAAUUUGCUGCAAAAUGUGCAGUAAAAAAAGAAAAAAAAAGAAAGGAAGGUAAACAGAAACCCACUCUGGGAUAGACAGUGAGAGGUGAAGGGGAACAUUUCAACCUAGGGUUUGGUGUCUAUUGACAUAGUGAAAGCCUGAUUCUUGGCAACUGGUGAAGAUUGGCUUUUGGGUGGCAAAGGUCGCACGGACAACCCUGUUGUACUGUUGCAUGCACGGUGUGAUGGAGCGGCUUCUAGCUGUAAUCUGGCCCGUUGUCAUGUUUCUUUUGGCAGGGAAGACUCGAGGGAUUUGGGGAGACUGGGCCUAUCAUUGACAGUCUUUUUUUUUUUUUUUUGGUUUGUUUGUUUAUCUACACUUUUGUUUAUGCUGUGAGCCAAACCUCUAUUUAAAAAGUUGAUACUCACUUUCAAUAUUUUAUUUCAUAUUAUUAUAUUUGUCAUGAAUAGUUAUCUUGAUGUAAAUAUAAAGAUUUGUUUUUGUUUCUGUAGAUAGUCAACUCUUUUUUUUUUUUUUUAAAGGGAAAAGGGAAACAUUUUUAUAAAGUUCUAUUUUAAUCACCAUUUUUAUACAUUGUAGCUCUCUCUCCAAGCCCAGUAAGAGAAGGAUGGUCAUCUGCAUGGAGGUCUGUGAACACCCACUCAUCUACCUGUUCUAAUUUAAAUGAUAAUCUGAUACAGUUAUUUUAUGCCAAUUAAAUGAGGAUGGUGCAAAGAAUGUUUUUUCACUAGCAACUCUGGCUCACUUUUGGGUAACUUCUGGAUCCACAUCUACCAAGCGAAAGACUUUCUUAAACAAUGAGGAAUGUUUAUAAUUGGUGUCCCUUUCUUCCCAACACUUUUUGCUUCUAACAUUUCCUUUGAUACUUUGAUAUCCUGGCCCAUCAUCUAAACAACCUUAGCUUCAAGUAAAUCUUGCUCCUGAUUUCUACUUUUUAUUUCCUCGCAAAUCAUAGAAAAGAGUGUUUACAUUAAAAAUGCCUUCAUUUCUCAUAAAUGGAUAUUCUUCCCUUCCAAAGCAAUGAUUAUACAAUAAUCCAUGGCAUUUUUAAAAUAAGGCAAAGAUAAUACAAUCCAAAAUAAACAUAGUUUCAAGGCAAAUUUCCCAAAAAGUAGGAAAAUAUGAAAAGGAUCAAAUAGAUGCAGAUUCUACCUAAAUAAUGAGAAUAAUUUUUUUUUUUUGAGUUAACAUCAGGUCUUCAUUAUUUAGGACUUACUGAGUUGUUUUCCAUUUUUUUUUAGUAUUGCCUGUGUGUCUCUAUGUUUGCAAAACUUACCGUGAGUCAAAUACAUUUCCCCAGUGAAUUUAUUUUCCUUCCAUGGCAAAUAACAGAAGGGGGGAAAAAAAAGCAUUUAUACUCACAUACCACUUGUAUCUAAUUACUUAACAGAACUAAUCUUUCCCCCUGCUCCAAAUGCCAUAUGUCUCUAAAAUAAAUAUAAGUCCAGAAAAAAUCUAGGUAUGGAGCAAGUUAAAUGGCGACAGAGUAGUUAUACAUUCAUAACCGUAUAUUGGUGGCUUCCUCAACGCUCCAUGACCCCAAGUAGGGGCCCGCCUGGCUGCCAGAGUAGAGGUCUAAGCACACUACCUGGUUUUUGUUUUGUUCUGUUUUCAAGUACAUGAAAUAAUCAUGGCCAAAGCAGUAAGAACCUCUUCAUUCCAGAAUUGUGCUCACCAGUCUAGGCAGAUUAAUCAUUUUUUUUCUUCAAAGAAAGAUAAAUUGCCUGUGUAUUAAAGCUAAAGUCAGUUCAAGAAAAGGAAUGGCGAUUCUUCAAGUGCUUGACUUUCAUACACACCCAGUACAUCCCACAGGAUGCCGAGGGACAUGAAAAGAUAUUUUCUGCUAGUGAUGGGCUCCCCCGUCCUUGGUGACAGCAAUAUUACUGUGUUCACUUCCAACUCCGGAGCUUGCUUCCUGUGGUGCCAGUGUAUUUGUUGCAAUUUACUACAUUUUUUUAUGAGCCUAAUUAUAGGUGCCAUUAGAUAAACUCAGGUCUUUCAAAUGAAGGAAUGUCUAGCCCAUUUAGGGAAAAGAAUUGUAUGGACAGCCAUGAAACUAAUGGUAGGAAAAGUUGGAAUUUGUUGGCCUUGAUGCUAGUGGUUGCUUUCUGUUAAGGAAAAGACCAGGUAUACUAAGAAUGUCAUCGAUGUCAUUUCCAGCAUGCUGAUAGAAUGUCUUUCUGGUUAUCGAUCUAAGCCAACCUUGAGAAUAUUGUUUCCUUGGUGAAAACACCACUUUAGCAUAUUUUUAAACUAUAAGUUAUUUUUGUCAUUUAUAUAAGACCUGGUUUUGCUCUUAGUCAAAGAUGAAGACAGUAGCUCUGUACAAGGAUUUAUCUACAUCGGUCUUCAUCUGAGAAGUGAAGGAAUUUCCUCAUAUUAUGUUUGAGAAAAUAUCCACUUUCUAAACACAGAACAUGAAAUUAUGUCUGUUCCAUUUUGAUGGAAUUCCAGAACAAAUCCUAACCAUUGCAAUCUCAGUAAAACUAAAGACAAUGGAUGGUAUAUCAAGCGGACUUCAUAUUACAGGUAUAAUACGUAUUGCAAUUUCCUCACACCCCUGCCUCUCUUGAUUUGCAAUGUCCUGAUGUCCCCUGUCACUUUCCCAGAGGACUUUCUUUGAAGGUAAAAGCUGUGCAAAAGGCAUGAGACUCAGGCCUAUUUUUUGUUUAAAUGAUGGAAAAACAUAAAUUAUUUUCUAAGUAAUAAAGAUAUGAAAAUUAUCAUUGUAAAUAAAGUCUAAAGUUUGAAACGACUGCUUUACAAAAGUGAACUAUUUGUGUGAUGAACAACUCCUAACUAAUGAGAAGUAAAGAAUCAAAAUAUCAUUUCUAUUCUGCUUUAGGAGGUAUUUUUGGUGCUUCCAUAUCAGCAUGGGGAUCUCCACUGUCCCUGUCAUUUAGUUUUUCUAAAAUAAUAGUGAAGACCACAGUAAGGGUCUUACUGUCCUUCUCUUCCAUCCUAAGUCUGAUUCCCACUUAAUACUUUUCCUGGUUUAUAUGCAAUUUUGGAAAUAAACUGCCUUUUCAAACGGGCAGAGGCUCCAGUAAAACAGAGUUCUGUAAACUUUCAUAAUCUACAGUAAAUCAAAUUCUCCAUAUAAUUAUCAGCUAAUGGGUGUGGAAAAAAUCAACAAAUUUUCAAUUGCUAAUAGCUCAACUCCAGGUAUUCGAGCACUAAAAUAUCUAUAUACUCUGGAACCAAACUGAGUUCCUUUCAUUUGCCCUCUCUCCUAUCAAGCAGCAAAAUACUUUUUAACCAGCUCUAAGUCAUUCAUUUCUCUUGUGAUUUCUCUAUGAAGUAAAACUAUGACCUUGCUGAUACUGUCUGUCAGUCCAUUUUUCUAAUCUGUCCAACAAAAUGGAACUUUAAGAUUAGGAGACCAAUUCACCAUUUUAGGUGAAGAGCGUCCCAGAAUUAAAUUAUGCUUAGCAAUUCUAAUCAGAGGGAAAUGUACCAGUUUUAGGUACUAUGAUCUUUACGUUCACACUACAAAAUCAUUCUAAUAGGUUAACAAGAGUGACAAAAAAUAAUUGAUCAUUUUGUUGCUAAAUAUGUUUGAAGAUACAAAACUGAAGAUUAAGCCAUUAUUUAGUUGGUGGAACCCAAUAUCCGGAUUCAAAAAUACUGAUCUGGUAUAGAUUGUUUUAGUACAGGUAAGACUAUAAACUAUAUGGAAUUGUGUAUAGAUGGAAAACAAAACUGGCUUUUGACAUGUGCUUAAGGCUCUUAUGAAUCCAAAUUCCCCAUCUAAAGGCAGCUAGUUUUUCUCCAUAUCAUACUUUUAAGGUUGAUUACAUUGACAGGCAUUGGUAUCAUGGAUUUCUGCUUCCUUGAGGAGUUGUGGAGCAAAGAAGAAAAGGCAAGCCUGCUUCUUAUUGAUAAGAAAUACUGAACAUGUUCAUGUUCAGACAGAUUUCCUCAUUGUUUUACAUCAAGAAGUGAUUAUUUAAUCAUGCAAAAAAUUCAAACAAAAAUGCUUCAAAAAGAAUAAUAUUAAAUCAUCAUAUGUAAGUACUACCAAGAAUAUUAAAUUUGAUUAUUUGAAGCAAAGCUGUUAAAUUUUUUUAAUCAAUUGAAACCCACAAAAUGAUGUUUCGUGGUAUAGAGAUGCUAAACAUUUUGAUAUAAUCAGAACUAUUAUGUAACAGAAAACUGGAAAAAGUUAUAUUUAAUUAUUUAUCUAAUUCUCUGCAUGCCUCAGGGAGGAAAAUAUUUUAUGAAGAGUCCAAUAGUACAUGAAAUAAGAAUAAAUUUAGUCCCCAUAAUUUAAUUAGAUUUAGGGUAUAAAUUAUAGUCUGAAUUAUCCCAAGAAAGAGGAAUGACAAAUCCAGCGAUUUGUCAUGGUUUAGGUGGUUUUAAGAUAAAUGGUUUACUAAUGAAGAUUAUAUUUUACUAAAUUCUAACACAGUUAGGAACCCAAAUACUUACCUUCAUUACUAAGAAAAAUUAAAUCUUAUUAAUCUUGACUUUCACAAAGGAAGCACUGACCGAUCAAUAAACCCCAUGCACUACAUUCGUCUGCCAAGACUGAUCAAAUGGUAGGUUGGAAUUUGAAAUUCACAAAUAGAAAAGUAAUUUAAAAAAUGUUUUUAAAGCUUAAAUGCUUUAAAUUUUCUGUGUCAGUAGAAAUACCUAUCUCAAGUGAAACAGACUAGAGCAGGGAAUUCUUUCCUCUUUAAAACAAAACAAAAAGAAAACAAAGUCAAACUUACAGGAGAAAAGUAUGACUUAUCUCCAAUUUUCCUUCUCUAACUCAAAAUUAGUAAAGGAAAAAUCAUCACAAAUUCUCUUCUGCUAUAAUAAGGAGAAAGAUGCCUUUCACCUCAAGUUUUAACUCACCACACCUAGUUUCAUUGUGCAGCCCAUGGUACUAAAAAGCAAAAAAAAAAAAAAAA